AUGAGCACAAUCAUUAAUAAUGAACCAUCGGGGAUGGCGAAUAUCAAGAAAGUGAAAAUAUCUUACUAUGAUCCUUUCAGCGUUUACCCUAAAAUCCAAAAGGAUCUUGAUUCGAAGCUUCCAUUAACCAACUUGCAUUGGAAAGCCUCUGAAAAGUCACCUUUGAGAUCUAUUCCGUGUUUAGAUGUGGAGCUUGUGGAAGAAAUUCCGAAGUCUAUCAAAUCUACACCAUUAGUCAAAACCAUCGAUGAUCAAAUGCAAAAGAAAAUAACUAGAGACCCAGUGUCGUUACUAAAAAGAGCAUCGACAAUCAUGAAAACUGGAAAUGACAGUAGUAUUGAAGGCAGUGGCUUUGAUCUAGUGACAGAACCAAUUCAAAAAGUGGAAGAUUCUACCAAUGAGUCUGCUCUCACUGAUUUAACUAAAUCCAUUAAUGACAGCUACUUAAAGAUCAUGUUUUUUGAAGCGCAGAACAUAGAUCAGUACAAGCUGAAUGUGAGACCCUUUAUCAAAGAAUGGUUCAAGCAAUCGAUCGACAGCUCCAAGUUGCCAACUGACUGGUUGCUUGUUUUCUAUCUUUCUCAAGGAGGAAAAGAUGAUUAUACCACUGCAUUCAAAUAUGGUCUUUUGGAUAAAAUAAAACUUGAUUUCAAUAAUUAUAAAAAUGGAUCCUUUUUAGAUGAUCAUGCCCCAUCCUCAAGUAAUAGCGGGGUAAAUAGUACAAAUGCCCUAAAGAUCUUGAAAAUUAAGCACGAUUAUGCCAAUACUACGGAGUAUAAUCAAGGUUGGAAUGCAUUAUUUUCUAGUAUCAAGACUGGUGUCUUAAACACUUUCACGGAGAGAAUUAAUUUCUUUGAGUACAAGAUUGAUAAAUUCUUAAAUUCUUGUGCCCCUCCUGUCGAUGAUGUGAAAAGUAAGAGAAUCAGCAAAAUUGAUAACGGGCCUAAUUUUGCCAGCGAAAUGAACAUUGGGCUAUAUUUUUUGAUGAAUGAAAAUUUGGGUAUAUUAUAUCAUGAUUUGAGCUUGUAUGAGGACUCAUUAACCCAGUACGACAACUUGCAGAAAAUCUUUCAAUUCUAUUUGCAAAGGCAUGGAGACAGCAAUCUUCCUGUCAAAUUUCUCAAUGAAGUGGGGUUUGAAAGCAAUUUUGAACAAAAUCCAUUUUAUUUCAAUAUCUUCAAGUCUAUCAAAGAAAGCUCGUUUAAUGAAGGUGAAGAAAAAGUUCAUGAACUCAGUAACAGCACUUACGAACAAAUUGCUCCGAUGGUUUUCGAAUCAUUAACUAAUUUCAAUAAUUCCAUAUUUGAUCAAUUGAGAAAAAGAAUUUUAAAUAAUGCAGUAUCAUAUUUUGAUUUGAAAAACUAUUUCUUUUUGAAGGAAAUCACUUUAAUUAACUCUAUUCUUUUCAAUAGCUUUUCCCAAUUAUCGUCAACUCCAUCGGUAAAUUCCGUUUACAUUCACGAUUUGUUGAAAAGAUUGAAAACUUUUGUUGUUGACACCCUUUUUGGAAUUUUGAAUUUUAAAUCAAAAGAGGCUAGCAGCUUUGAUACUUUCAAAUUGAUAGAAUAUUGCUUCACUAUGGUUGAUAAUUACUUGUUAUUUAUCAAUGAAUACUUUUUUAAACCACCACAAAAGGCAAGUAACAAUCAAUACCCUAACUUGCCUCCUCUUGGAAAUAAAGCACACUCUGUAUAUUCCCAGAAUAAGGAUAUUAAUGAUACCAUCGGAGAGUUGAGAUUAAUUCAAAGAUUCUUUUUGGUCAUGCUCGGCAAAUUUUACGAGUACAAGCUUGAUAAUAUUUUUAUUGAUAAAUCGGUGGAUUACAAGCUUUCACAAUGUAUUUCUCAGGCAGAGUAUUCCACUGAAGCAUUUCAAUUUGACCAUCCAUUGUUGACCAGGGUUUUCAAAUCAUUCGAGAACUACGGGAAAUAUUUCAAAUAUUUAACGGAAUCUGCAAUUGGGAAUUUUAACGUAUCUGACAAACCACGAACCGUUGAUAUUUUAUCAAUUGAUAUUGCACUUCUCAAUUAUCAAAUUGGUAAUUAUACUGAUAGCUUAAAUGUUUUACUUAAUUGUCCAAAUUUCUAUAACGAACAAGGUUGGGAGUAUAUUGGAUUUUAUCUAUUGCAAGUGUUCAUCAAUUGUUUGGAAAAAGUCAUGCAAAAGAAUGAUACUGACUUGCAAAAUCUAACUUCUGAUGAUAAAGAUGAGCUUGAGAAAUUAGCAGAGACCGUUUCAUAUAACAAAGUGUUGCUUUGCAAAUCGUAUUUGGAUCUCAUCUCCACCCUAAUUGACUCAUCAAAUCCUGCAGCCGGUAAAAUGACAGAAAUUUCUUUGUCAUCAGAAAGUAUUUGCUCAAACUCCAAUUUUGUCAAUAAUAAUUUGGAAAAUAUAAACAAAUAUUUAACCAAUCCUUCUGAAAUCGAUCGUGUGAUUAAAAAAUUAUUGAGUUUGAAGAACGAAAUUAGUCUUGAAUAUGAUGUUAGUAAGAUAUUCAAAUAUAAGAUAGACCCUUUUGUGAACAGUCAAGAAAAGAACUCUUAUAAUGUUGAAAUUGAGGUUGAUAAUUUUGCUAUGUUCCUAACUGAAGUUGGUGAAAACGAAGAUGAGCGAAUACUUGACUUUGACAAAAUUGAAUUGGUUCUUCAAAAUAUUGUUGAUAGAGAUGAGGUAGUGAAAUUCAGUUUGGACAAAGCAGAUUAUAAUGAUGAACAAGUGAUUAAGGACAAAUUCUAUUUCAAGAAGGGAAAAAAUAAGUUUGCCCUAGAAUCCAGAGAUAUAAUUGUUGGCAGAUUUGGUAUUAAGGAGCUUAAGAUUGCUAUUGGCGGUAUUACCCUCGUUAAGAAUCAUAUUUCCACUAGAAGUAUGUUAUUUGGUCAAACAGAAACCGAUGGUUCAGUUAAAGAUAACUCUGUCCAAGGCAGUAUUGACGAAAAAAAAUUUGACGAUCUGGAGGAUGAAUUAAUUUAUGACUUCAAGACUAUCAUUCUUAUUCAUCCGUACAUCAGCAAUGUCCAUUUUGAAUUGAAAAAUCCAUUGAAGCUAAAUUUGAACUAUAAGCAAUUUUUGCUCAAGAUCAACGUCGGUGAUUUUGAAAUUGAACAAGGAACUUUAGAAUUCAGUACUGAGUCCGACGGUUUCCAAUUGAUUGGCAACGACUUGCAAGCAGUUCUGAAAAAAAGGGUCCCGAAGUAUCUUGACUCUCAGGAAUUUGAUUAUGAUGAUGAUAGCUUAUUUGAUAGUAACUCUAUUGACCCAAUUGAAAUUUCGGCAAUCAACAAUAAUGAAAAUGACCAGAUCAUUUAUAAAAUUGGUAAAGUUACUGCCAAUUCUAUUGUGGAAAUUACAAUUCCUUAUGCCAUUAAAGAGUCUAAGACUUCAGCAGGUGGAUCAUCAGCCAUUAAGAACCUCAUCAAUUUGAAAACUAAAAUGACAUAUACCUCGGAUAACAAGGAACAUUCUUUGACUUCUUAUCAAGAUUUAAAUACCACCUUGACCAUUGCGGUGUCGGUACAAGAUACUUUCAAAUCUGACAGAUUGUUUUCCAAAUUUUCGGUAGGAACUGCCGAUCUACGAGCACCAAUCAGAAUUUUAUCUACCGAUUUGUUAUCAAAUGAAAAGUAUAAUACUUCAACUUCCAUGAAGACAGGUCCUUUGGUUGCAUUUGGUGAGCAACCAGUGUCUUAUUUCUUUAAAAUCGAACCUGUUGAAAAAGAUUAUAUUACGAAAGAAAAGGAUUCCUUGAAAUUAAUAGUGAAUUAUAGAAACCUAAGUGAAGAGAUUUUUGAAGGUGUUUGGAAAUAUUUCAAAGAAACGUACUUGCUAAACAGAUCCAAUGAAACUCAAAAGAAUCAUAUUUCCAAGUAUAUUUUGUUGUUAAAAGAUUACUUAUUCAAAUUAUUAAGAUUUGAUUUAAAUGAAUACGCAUUAUUCAAUAAUAUCAAGAUCAAACAUUUCGACAUUCUUGAAUUUGCUGAGCUUUUUGCUCAUUUCUUCCCGGAAGAUAGGUCAAAGUAUCUUGAAAUCUUCAAGAAAUUCAUUGACUCUUUGAAACAAUCAAAAUUGGAUUUGCCUAUUGAAGAUUUCAAGUAUAUCAAUUCUAUAGAGAGACAUGGCAAUGAAGAGAUUCACAAUAAGGAAACCGAGAUCAACGACUUCUUCAAAGGUAUCAACAGGGAAUUGUUCAUUAGUGUUGCGAUUCCUUUAGUUCAAGUUGUUCAUAACAUUCAUCUUGAAUUUGAUAACAAAAGUCAAUAUGUUGUCGGGGAACCGAUUACUAGUACUUUCAAAAUCCAAUCACUAGUUAAUUGGCGCGGUGAUAAGGAUGCCAAUGACUCCGUUAGCUCUUCCGAAAAAGGUCAAAAGAAGAAGAGAGUGGCUUUUGAAGAUCCAAAUAAGGAUUCUAUGACUGAGCACUUCCAACUUGAUUUUGUUGGUCCUCAAGAGAAUUGGCUCAUUAGUGGUAAGAAGAAAUUCCAGUUUUCAGUCAAUAAGCAAGGUGAAAACGGUAAUAGCAAAAUGUGUCAAAAUGAUAUUGAAUUGUUUUUGAUUCCUUUGAAGAUUGGUAAAUUGGUUUUACCUAAAAUUGAAAUCAAAUCAAUCAACAAUCACUUAAAUGAUGAUUUCUCAAUGGAAGUCGAUUACAAAAACAGCUCUCAAACUAUAUUAGUGGUUCCAAAUCUUGAUAGGGUAACAUUUGCAUUUUAG